UUAACAAAUAUUCAUUCUAUCAAAAACAUAUACAUUAUAUAUAGCUAUUAUUAAGUAAUUACUAACUCUAUUUUUGUCCAAAUCAAAUAAUUAAUAUGGCUGCUGCUUUUGUUGGUCGAGUAGCAUUCUUUGCCAUUUCCAUGGUUUUGCUUUCAUCAUUUGCUACUGCAACUGACUUCUUUGUUGGUGAUAAUGACGGAUGGAAACUUGAAUAUAAUUACACAAAAUGGGCCCAAGAUAAAGUUUUCCAUGUUGGUGAUGUCCUUGUGUUCAAAUACAACAAUGAGAGCCACAAUGUGCUGAAAGUGAAUGCAACAUCUUUCAAGGACUGUGUCACCUCUGAUCCACUGGAAACAUUCCGAAGCGGCCAUGAUUGGAUUUCCCUUCAAAGCCCGGGAAAGAAGUGGUACAUCUGCGGCAUUGCAGGCCAUUGUGCUGACCACCAAAUGAAGCUUGUCAUCAACGUCCUCGCCGACGGCCCCGCCCCCGCUCCUACUUCUUCUUCUCACUCUCUUCUCUCCUCUCUUGCUGUGAUGGUCGCAGCGGCCAUGAUUGCCGUUGCGGCCAUCUUCGCCUAGAGAGAAGACCGUCGCUGGUGGUAUUGAAUUUCUUCAACUUUUAAUUAUUGUUUUGUGUUGUUAUGGAAAAAUAACGGAAUAAGACUCUCUGGGUAGGUGUAUGAGUUUCGGGUAGCUUCUACAAGCGGUUGACUUUGUUUAUUACAUCAUUACAUGGUUGUUCACUACUGAAUCACGAUAAUUAAAUUUGAUUUUAUAUUAUAUCUCACCAACAUGUAUUUGUCUGUCGUUGUUCUA